GAGAGGUUCGCAACCUCUAGGACCGGUUCAAAAUCUUGUGACACGCUCAAAAGUUCGAAACCAGCUAAGAAAGUAAAGCAGCCACAAAUUGUCAAAGAUGAGAAGAUUUUACAGGCUCUUGCUAUCUUGCAAGGAUCAGUCAAGUUAUCACACAAACAGUGGCGGAAAGGAUUAUUGAAGGUCAGCUUACGAAGUAAUUUGGUCGAUAGACUUUUUAUGAUUGAUGACUCUUUGCUAUCUGCGAAUACCCUGCAACAGUUGAGAACUGCACUCCCUCCAUUAGAUGUAAUCAAAAAACUUUCUGAAGUGGAACCUUCUAUGUUGGAAGAAAUGCCUGAGGGAGAACAGUUCUUGGCAUCGCUUGCAUCCAUCAAAGCGCUCCCAUUACGGCUUGACCUCAUCAUUUUCAAACUUCGCUUCCAAGAGCUCUUGAAUGAUCUGAAGCCCGUGAGUUUGUUGAUUGCUUUAACAUUGUUUAAACGAAGCGUAAGUGUUAGUAGGCAGUUAAUUAAUAUUAGGUUACCAACAGGCGAUUCAGGUAUCUCAUCGGUGAUGGAAGCUUGCGACGAAAUUCGAAAGUCGAAAGGUUUCAGAAAAUUCCUUGAGUUGGUGCUUCUUUUUGGAAAUUUCAUGGGCCAAUCAUCAAAGACUUACAAAGACACGUUUGCUUUCGAAAUGAGUGUGCUCACAAAGUUGAUGGACACAAAGGACGUUGACAAUAAAUACACGCUUCUUCACUACAUGGUUGACUCAUUGCGCCAAUCCGAUCCAAAGCGUUGCCGGUAACU